UCCAUGCUUCCCAUCACAAAUUCUUCAAGGAAAGAUAAACAAGGCUCUCCUCCAAGCUUCUAUCUUCUAUUUGAUCACCUUGUCAUUGAAUUUUCUUAGCGCAAAGAGGCCAUGGCUAAGGACAUUGAGGUCGGUGGUGAGUUCCAAGCCAAAGACUACCAUGAUCCUCCGCCAGCUCCGUUGGUCGACGCGGAGGAGUUCAUAAAGUGGUCCUUUUACAGGGCUAUAAUAGCUGAGUUUAUUGCCACGCUCUUGUUUUUGUACAUCACUGUGUUGACAGUGAUCGGCUACAAGAGCCAGAUUGACAAGGGUGGUGAUGAAUGCGGUGGUGUUGGCAUUCUUGGCAUUGCUUGGGCUUUCGGCGGCAUGAUCUUUGUCCUUGUUUACUGCACUGCUGGCAUCUCAGGGGGGCACAUCAAUCCUGCUGUGACCUUUGGGCUGUUCCUGGCUAGGAAGGUGUCUUUGGUCCGAGCCGUUUUGUACAUGGCUGCUCAAUGUUUGGGAGCCAUCUGUGGCUGUGGGCUGGUGAAGGCAUUCCAAAAAUCUUACUACAACCAGUAUGGAGGAGGAGCCAACUUUCUCGCUGAUGGAUACAGCACCGGAACCGGUUUGGCCGCUGAAAUCAUCGGCACCUUUGUUCUUGUCUACACUGUUUUCUCUGCUACUGAUCCCAAGAGGAGUGCAAGAGACUCCCACGUCCCUGUCUUGGCACCACUUCCCAUUGGGUUUGCUGUGUUCAUGGUUCACUUGGCCACUAUUCCGAUCACCGGCACCGGUAUUAACCCUGCUCGUAGUUUUGGAGCUGCUGUUAUGUAUAACCAGGACAAGCCAUGGGAUGACCAAUGGAUUUUCUGGGUUGGACCUUUCAUUGGUGCCGCCAUUGCUGCAAUCUAUCACCAGUAUAUCCUGAGGGCAGCUGCUGCUAAAGCUCUUGGAUCCUUCAGGAGCAGCUCUGCCAUGUAAAAAAAUAUUAAGCAAUAAUUCUCCAGCCACGAGAAAAGAAAAAGGGUUGCCUUGGAGAAAUGAAGUUUUAUGUGGUCAAGAGGCUUUAACGGACCAUUGAAUUUGUAAAUUAUAAUGAAAGGUGUCAUGCUUCUCUGUAUCAUCUGGCACUUAUUUUUAAUGUGCCCAAGUGUUGUCAUCAUCCCUGUUUUCCUUUUCUAUCCUUUUUCCUUUUUUUUUUCUUUUUUGGUUGUCUUGGUGUCUCUUUGUUGUCUUUGAAAAUUUUAUCAUCAAGUACUUUGUGUUUCUUUA